AACGAAUUGCUAAGCAGUUAUCAGCUAUCAUUUGUGUUAUUCUUACACGCUAGUGUCGUGUUCCUUCAUUGCUACUAACAAACUGUCAUAAUCUCAAACAUACGAUGGGCUUUUCUGACGGUCACAGUGUUCAAGACCAUAAUGGGCCGUUGAAGAAGAAGCAAAGGAAGAGUCAAAACACACAGGGGGCGAACGGUGAAAACCCAAUAACGUUCUGGGAUCUGUUCAGAAGAGAGAUCUCACCAUCUGUGGAUAAAAUAACCGAGAUACAUGUCUACGACUUUGACAAUACCCUGUUUAGAUCACCUUUACCGAAUCCGGCACUCUUCACCUACAAGGCCAUUGGUGCGCUAUCCGAUGGCACAACCAUGUUGGACCUUGGCUGGUGGCAAGACCCAGUACCUUUUGACAAGAUUGCUGAGACAUCAGCAGAUGGGAGCAGGCAUUGGAAUAGCUACUGGAACGACGAUAUUCUCCCGCUGCUGGAGCUUUCGCACAAGAACGAACAGGUGCUGACCAUAAUUAUGACUGGGAGAAAGAAGCACCUGUUCCGGGACAUCAUGAGUGAAAUGUUGCAGUCAAAGGGGAUCACUGCAGAUGCUGUUGUGCUGAAAGAGGGUAAAUUCGUCAACACGAUCAGCUACAAGACCCAGGUAUUAGUCGACAUGCUGGAACGCUACACCAACGUCAAGCUUGUUAAGAUCUUUGAAGAUCGUGAGAACCAAAUGAAAGGAUUCCAGAAGUUCUUGAAUGAAUACAUCGAUGCAGUGAAUCCAGAAAUGGUUUAUUCUAUCAUUCCAGUUUAUGCCUUGAAAUGUUUCUUAUCUCCUCAGGAUGAGAUUGAAGUUGUCACCAAUGAGAUUACCAAGUAUAAUAACAAAGUCUCCAACAUGAGAUCAAAGGCACACAGCAAGAAGUAUGCGAGCCUGGCCUUGAGGAAGAGUUUCGUGUUCGUCUCGUACUACCUGAGCGAAUUGGAAAGGGCUGUAGUGUUAAGAGACAUACAGCAGGAGCUACCCGAUGUGUUCACUAAAGAGGUCAUGGACACUUAUAGAUUCGAACUAGAACACAUACCACUGACAAGAGGGAUGAUGGCCCGAAAGACUUAUAUGUCUCUUUCAAAGUCUCACAAAGAGUUGCAAUGGAAUCUGACACAUGUUGGACUUGGAGAUGGGAUCAUCAGCUUCAAAGUCGCACCUUGUACCGACGACGUGAUCAAAACACUUUUAACGCCUGCUCUAUUACCGGCUUGCACGUCGUCAACGAGCAACACAGUCCCCGAAGACUACUCUGCGAUAUCAGACUGGAUAGAUAUUCAAGCUAAAGGUCUUAAAGUCAACACAACUCUGACGCAGCUUGUCAAGUUCAACAUCACUUCAGAUGGGAAAAAGAUUUGAAAUAACUAGACUACAGAUAAAGCAUGAUAAUCCAAAGGGAUGAAAGUCAUCGACAACGACAAAGAAACUUGUAUGUAGUUGUAACACAUGUUGGGAUACACCGGCCAGUGCUUUUGGGUUGAGAUCAAAAAUACACAUAAGGCACUAAGAAUAUCCAGCCCCAGUUGUCAUAUAGAUCCAAUUGAGACAAAACAUCAAUAUCUGCACAAGAUCGGCACCACAGGGACGUAGUAUUCAAUCCGUCACGAGUGGG